AUUAAAACUCUCCUAAACUCCGAUCCAACUCCGACCCAACUCGGAUGACAUCCAUGGCGGGGCUCGACCUCGACCUCGACGCUUUCCUCAGAUCCCACGGCGCUGGCCUCUCCUCCUCUGACACCGACGACGACGAGGACGUCUCCGCCGGCCUCCACCGCCGCACCGUCGACGAGAUCCUGGGCGAUUCAUCCUCCUCCGGCGACAGCGACGACGACGAGAAGGAGAAGAACCCUCGCCUCGUCGCGAAGGAUGGCCCGUCGAGACCCUACGAAGGCCACCGACCCGUCCGCGAGCGAUCAUCUCCGACCUCCGAAAGGAGAUCGCGAGAGAGCUCUUCGUCGUCCUCGUCGGCCACCCUCUCUUCCCUCGUCUUCCGGAGCUUCUCCGACGCUGCCGCUGCUUCCUCUUCUUCCCUCCCCCGGCCCCCGCUCUUCAGCGGCGUCAGGCCGAAUCCCAAGCCCGGCGCCGCCCUCGCCGCCGCCGCCGCCGCGUCCCGCUCGUUCCCCUCGCCCCAUGCUGCGGCGAUCAAGUCGAGUAGGGCCAGGGCCAGGGCCAGUUCGGGCUCUUCUCCGGAAGUUCGCGAGGAGGAGCCGAUGGCCGAUAACGACCUGGAGGAGAAUGCCGCCUCUCCCGAGGUAUUGCUGCAAACUCUAUUGAGGGGGAAUUCGGAGGCUGAUGUAAGGGUUUCAGCGGAAGAAGUCCGCCUUGAAGAAGAAGAAGAAGAAGAAGAAGAAGAAGAAGAAGAAGAAUGCGGAGGCUAUGCUGGAUCGAGUUCUGUGAAAGAGACAGAUUCCGCUGGUGAAUUAGAGGCGAAGGGAGAUUUGAUCUCCGCUUCUCCCACCAGCGAUGAAAAUGUCCACGAGGUGGAAGACGAGGAUGCGCAUGGAGCUCGGAGCGUCACUGAGGAAGUGGAGCAGGGCACAGUUGAAGUGGAGUUAGAAGUAGCCAAUUAUUCGGAAAGUGAUGCUCUUGAAACAAGCGUUUUUCAUGAAGAAGAAACUCAAGUUGGAGUAGAGAUAGAUAAAUUGGUAGAGGAGGAAGCAAGUCAGCUGGAAAUUGAUAAGAAAUCCGAGAAGAAGGCGGAGAAGAAACUCAGGGCUUCGAUGAAGCCGCUGGAAUGGGCUGAAGAACUUGAGAAGCGGCAAGCUUCGUCUGGCCUGCAUUGGGAAGAGGGAGCAGCUGCUCAGCCCAUGAGGCUUGAGGGCAUCCGAAGAGGGCCGCCGGCUGUUGGGUAUUUGCAGAUAGAUCUCGACAAUGCAAUCACUCGAGCGAUUUCAUCACAGGCUUUCAGGCGGGAUCAAGGUUCUCCUCAAGUGCUGGCAGUUCAUAAUAAUUAUAUUGCGCUGGGCAUGUCUAAAGGGGCUGUUCUCAUUAUCCCCAGCAAAUAUUCUGCUCACAGUGCCGACAAUAUGGACUCGAAGAUGAUGAUCCUUGGGAGCCAGAGUGAGAAAACUCAACCUCCUGUGACAUCUAUGUGCUUCAACCAGCAAGGUGACUUACUCUUAGUGGGAUAUGGUGAUGGUCAUCUAACUCUUUGGGAUGUACAAAAAGUGGCAGUAGCAAAAGUAAUUACUGGGGAGCAUAAUGCACCAAUAGUGCAUGUGUUUUUUCUGGGUCAAUUCAAAGCUAUUACGGGAGAUUCCAAGGGUCUAGUUAUAUUACACACUUUCUCAGUUGUUCCUUUGCUCAAUCAUUUUUCCGUCAAGACACAGUGCAUUCUCGAUGGUCAAAAAAAUAGCACGGUUUUGUCUGCUUCUCCUCUUUUAGUGGAUGAUCCUAAUGGUUUCGGCACAACUUCUGCACAAGGGAACUCAACGAUUUCCACUAGUAGCCUUGGUAGCAUGGUGGGAGGUGUUGUUGGUGGCGUUGUCGGAAGAGAGGCUGGAUGGAAGCUUUUCAAUGAAGGCUCUUCAUUUCUGGAAGAAGGUGUGGUCAUAUUUGUCACCAAUCAAAAUGCUCUGGUGGUUAGACUGAUCCCGAAUUUGGAAAUUUAUGAGAAGUUCUCCAGACCAGAUGGGGUUCGAGAAGGGUCAAUGCCAUACACAGCAUGGAAAUGCACUGCAUACUCAAAUGAUUCGUCUCUUGGUGCAUCUGAGAGAGCUUCAUGGCUCGUAAUUGCUUGGGACCGCCGAAUCCAAGUGUCAAAGUUGGUUAAAUCACAAAUGAAAAAAUACAAUGAAUGGAGCCUUGAUAGUGCAGCAAUUGGUGUGGCCUGGUUAGAUGAUCAGAUGCUAGUGGUUCUUACAUCGAGAGGUCAACUCUGCUUGUUUUCCAAAGAUGGAAAUGAGCUUCACCGCACCAGCUAUGGUCUUGAUGGCUUGGGAAUUGAUGACAUCAUCACAUAUCAUAUCCACUUCUCUAAUGUUUUUGGAAAUCCAGAAAAAGCUUAUCAAAAUUCAGUAGCAGUAAGAGGAGCUACAAUAUACAUACUAGGGCCCAUGCAUCUCUUAGUUUCUCGUCUUCUUCCUUGGAAAGAAAGAAUUCAAGUAUUGCAGAGGGCAGGAGAUUGGAUGGGUGCACUAGACAUGGCAAUGAGGCUUUACGAUGGCCGUUCACAAGGUGUUAUUGAUCUCCCAAGAACAGUUGAUGCUAUAAGAGAGGCCAUAAUGCCAUUUCUAGUAGAGCUGCUUUUGUCGUAUGUAGAUGAAGUGUUUUCCUAUAUUUCAAUUGCUUUUUGCAAUCAGCUUGGAAAGCCUGGAGCUGAAGAUGGUUCAAAGUAUGCAAAUACUUCUGUGUGCACAGAGAUAGAGGAGCAAUAUGCUCGUGUAGGUGGCGUUGCAGUCGAGUUUUGCGUUCAUAUUAACAGGACGGAUAUCUUGUUUGAUAGUAUCUUUUCCAAGUUUGUUGCUGUUCAACAUGGAGGCACAUUUUUGGAGAUAUUAGAACCCUAUAUAUUGAAGGAUAUGCUUGGUUGUCUGCCUCCGGAGAUAAUGCAAGCCUUGGUAGAGCACUAUAGUGGCAAAGGAUGGUUACAACGAGUUGAGCAAUGUGUUCUUCACAUGGACAUCUCGUCCUUGGAUUUUAAUCAGGUGGUUAGGUUAUGCCGUGAGCAUGGACUGUAUGGUGCACUUAUAUAUCUGUUUAAUCGAGGUUUAGAUGAUUUCCGAGCACCAUUGGAGGAACUUUUGGCAGUUGUACAGAAUAGCCCUGGAAGGGAUGCUGCUGCCAUUUGCUACAGGAUGCUUAUUUAUCUGAAGUAUUGCUUUCAAGGCCAAGCGUUUCCUCCUGGGCAUGGAGCUCUUUCUCCUUCACGUGUGCAUUCAGUUAGAAAAGAAUUGUUGCAAUUUUUACUGGAGGAUUCGAAGUCUGUAACCUCUCAAAUAGUCAAAAGCUUCAAGUCGUCCUGCAAAGUGUGCCCAAACCUUUGUUAUCUGCUAUGGAUAGACACAGAAGCAACUUUAGAAGUUCUUCGAUGUGCUUUUACAGAAGAGGGAUCUGAAACAAGUGAUGAUUCCAUCAAUGUUGUUGAAGCUCCUUUAGAGCAUGAACAAGAAAUCAAAUCUGAGAGCCUUGAAAAUCGGAAUUCCAUGGUUCAAAACAUUACAAAUGUGCUUAUAGAUGUUCUUGGCUUAGAAAAUGAGAUGAUUAGAUCAAUUGUCAUGGAUGCCGAGACGGCAAUCUGGCCUUCAGCAAAGGAUUUGACUCACUUACUUGAGUUUAUUUCUUUUCUUGUUUCUUGUAAACAAGCAACUAUAUCUCCUAGAGUUUUAAAGCAUCUCCUUGAUUAUUUGACUUCAUCUGAUCUGGCACUUUAUGGUCCUAAUCAAAAGGUACUAACUUCUCAAAAGCAGAAACAAGUGCUGAAACUCUUGAGGGUGGUUCCUCAGACUCAUUGGAAUUCUGAUGAUGUGUUACGUCUCUGUGAGAAGGCUCAAUUUCACCAGACUUGUGGCUUUAUUAAUACACUCAAUGGCCGGAUUAUUGCUGCUUUGGAUAGUUAUAUGAAGGACUUGGAUGAACCAAUCCAUGUUUUUGUCUUCAUCCACAAAAUGUUAUCACAGUUAUCAGCGACCGAGGCUUCAUCUUUCCACUCAGCUUUGGUUUCUCGUAUCCCUGAUCUGAUCAAGCUGUGCAGAGAGUGCACAUUGUUUUUGGUUAUUGACCAUUUCAUCAGCGAGAGUCAGCAUAUACUAUCAGAGCUUCAUUCUCAUCCACAAAGCCUUUUCCUUUUUCUCAAAACUGCUAUUGAUGUCCACUUGUUAGGCACUCUUGACAUUUUUGAGCAUGAAGCUGAUCAUAUGACAAAUGUUUCAAACGGUAUACUGGAUCCACCUAAUGAACUUGAAGCAUACAUUGAAAGACUUUCAAAAUUUCCGAAGCAUCCGAAUCGUAAUGCAAUUCACAUAACUGAUGAGCUGGUUGAACAGUAUCUGGAGCUUUUGUGUCAAUUUGAAAGCAAUUCAGUUCUGAAGUUCCUUCAAACUUUUGAUAAUUAUAGACUAGAGCACUGUUUGCUUCUUUGUCAAGAGUAUGGAGUUACUGAUGCAGCUGCAUUUCUUUUGGAAAGAGUUGGUGAUGUUGGGAAUGCUUUAGUGCUUGUAAUGGCGGGACUCGAGGAUAAACUUAACUUGCUUAUUGAUGCUGUGGAAAAAAAUAUUGGAACCAUAUCUGGUAACACCAAUAGAGUUAAUCAACCUAGUGACAUUUUAAAAAUGAAUGAGGCUAUUUCUGUGCUUGAUUUAUUGCAUGCCUGCAUUGGUUUGUGCCAAAGAAAUACUCAACGUCUAGAUCCUCAAGAGUCCGAGUCCCUCUGGUUUCGGCUGCUUGACUCCUUUUCUGAACCACUGAAGAGGUUUUGUGGUGGCAAAGACAUACCUGAAAGAAGUCAGGUUGGAAAGGUACCUGCAAUUUGUGGUGACCGAGUAAAUGAGUUCAAAUUUAGGAGGCUAUCCGAGAAUGGAAGAUGUGCGGCUGUUCUGAGGAGAGUUUUUUCACAAUUUGUUGGAGAAAUAAUUGAGGGAAUGGCUGGAUAUAUACCCCUCCCAGUAAUCAUGACCAAGGUCCUUUCUGACAAUGGGGAUCAAGAGUUUGGUGAUUUUAAACUCAUCAUACUGAGAAUGCUGGGAACAUAUGGCUAUGAGAAAAGAAUACUGGAUACAGCUAAAUUGGUAAUCGAGGACGACACAUUCUACACUUUGAGCUUGCUAAAGAAGGGAGUCUCUCAUGCUUUUGCUUCACAAGAUUUCAUUUGCUGCAUUUGUAAUUUGCCCCUCACGAAAGGCCCUGCUACUUCAGGAGUUAGAGUAUUUAAUUGUGGUCAUUCAACCCAUCUUAUCUGUGAAUCUGAGCAAACUAAGUCAUCACAUUCAGAUUCCUCAGUUGGAUGCCCAAUUUGCCUUCCAAAGAAGAACACAAAUGCACGAAACAAAUCAAUUAACGUGGAGAAUGGAUUGGUCAAGCAUCAGUCAUCAAGCCUCCGACAAUCUCAAGGAAUCAAUCUUCAAUACCUGCAUGAACCAGACGUUGCAGAGAGGCCUCGUGGGCUCCAUCAAAUACCCCGGUUUGAAAUAUUGAAGAGUCUCCAUAAAGCCCAAAAGCCUUUUCAAGUAGACAUUUUACCCCAAGUGAGACUUUCACCUCCAGCAAUUUAUCACGAAAAGGUCCAGAAAGGAGCCGGUUUAAUGGGAGAGACAAGUAACAGCUCGGUGAAAAGUGAAAAGAAGACUAAACAGUGGCAACUAAAGGAACUAAAAUCCAAAGGCGUAGUAAGCAGAUUUCCCUUGAAAUCAAACAUAUUUGGUCCUGAGAAGUACAGGAUGCGAUAAUGUGAUGUCAAAUCUUGUAUGAGGUAUUAGAGAUGGACAUCCAUUCAGGGGAGUUGAGACCCUUCUUUCCACCUGCUUUGUGUGAAGCCUUCGAAUUGGUGUAACUAUAUUUUUCAUCGGGGAUCAUAAAUGGCUUACGGAGAUAUCUUCUAAACUGCUCCUGUAGCUACUAAAAGUUGCUACAUUAAAGUUUAGUUCACACAUCAUCUUCGACGGCUAUUCCAGCGAGGGCAGCAACUACUUGAUUCAUUAAACACUACUUUGGUUGACCGUGUAAAAGUUACCCCACGUUUCGCCUGUGCUGAGCAUCACAUUGUUAUCCUCUAUACCGUCUAGCAGAGCCCUAAGAUGUAAUUUGUGUCUUCUCUUGUAAUUUUUUCGGGACUUUGGUAAAAAUGAUUUCUGUAUAUGGUAAUCUUGAGAGUUUAUUGAACUUCAUUUGCUUGGCUUAAUUUUUUUUGAAUUACAUUGUUAUACAUUUCUAUAUUGUUAAUUGGAGAAAUGCUUUUGUAACUUA